AUCAUUUUGUCUAAGAUUGCCGACUUUCUCCACGCCGGCAAUCACGGACCUCCACGUGACCUUCUAGGCGGUUCUGCUGCCAAGACAUCCGGGGAUGUCAGAAUCGCCUGGAAAAUUUUCGAGCUUUGGCUUCAUCUUCCUUUCUUCAGACCUCUCUCUCUCUCCCUUCCUUCUUCCCUUCGUCCCUCCAUCCUUUCUCUGUAUCUGCUCUAGGGCUCCUGUCCGGGUAGAACCUUUUCUAUCUCUGUUCUCCUGUGUCCUCUGUUUGUUUGUUUCCGUGUUUACCAGUCCCCAGUCAACAUGCAGCGAGCUAUCACUUCCAGGACUUCUGUCCUAUCUGCCGCCAGACGCGCUCCUCUCUUCAGAUCGAGCGGCCUGAACCUGCAGCAGCAGAGAUUCGCUCACAAGGAGCUCAAGUUCGGUGUCGAGGGUCGUGCUCAGCUUCUCAAGGGUGUCGACACCCUCGCCAAGGCCGUCUCUUCUACUCUCGGUCCCAAGGGUCGCAAUGUUCUGAUUGAACAGAGCUAUGGCUCUCCCAAGAUCACCAAGGAUGGUGUUACCGUGGCCAAGUCCAUCCAGCUCCAGGACAAGUUCGAGAAUCUCGGUGCUCGUCUGCUCCAGGAUGUCGCCUCCAAGACUAACGAGAUUGCCGGUGACGGUACCACCACUGCCACCGUUCUCGCCCGUGCCAUCUUCUCCGAGACUGUGAAGAACGUUGCCGCCGGCUGCAACCCCAUGGACCUGCGCCGUGGUACCCAGGCCGCCGUCGAGGCGGUUGUCGACUACCUCCAGAAGAACAAGCGCGACAUCACCACCUCCGAGGAGGUUGCUCAGGUUGCUACCAUCUCCGCCAACGGCGACACCCACGUUGGUAAGCUGAUCUCCAACGCCAUGGAGAAGGUUGGCAAGGAGGGUGUCAUCACCGUCAAGGAAGGAAAGACUCUUGAUGAUGAGCUCGAGGUCACCGAGGGUAUGCGCUUCGACCGUGGAUACACCUCGCCCUACUUCAUCACCGACGCCAAGGCCCAGAAGGUCGAGUUUGAGAAGCCUCUGAUCCUUCUGUCCGAGAAGAAGAUCUCCGCUGUUCAGGACAUCAUCCCUGCUCUAGAGGCCUCUACCCAGCUGCGCCGUCCUCUGGUCAUCAUUGCUGAGGACAUUGAGGGUGAGGCUCUCGCCGUCUGCAUUCUUAACAAGCUCCGUGGUCAGCUCCAGGUUGCCGCCGUCAAGGCUCCUGGCUUCGGUGACAACCGCAAGAGCAUCCUGGGCGACAUUGGUAUCCUCACCAACGCCACCGUCUUCACCGAUGAGCUCGAGAUCAAGCUCGAGAAGCUCACUCCCGACAUGCUCGGUUCCACCGGUGCCAUCACCAUCACCAAGGAGGACACUAUCAUCCUGAACGGUGAGGGCAGCAAGGACGCCAUUGCUCAGCGCUGCGAGCAGAUCCGUGGUGUCAUUGCUGACCCCACCACCUCCGAGUACGAGAAGGAGAAGCUCCAGGAGCGUCUCGCCAAGCUCUCUGGCGGUGUUGCCGUCAUCAAGGUUGGCGGUGCCUCUGAGGUUGAGGUCGGUGAGAAGAAGGACCGUGUCGUUGACGCUCUCAACGCCACCCGUGCUGCUGUCGAGGAGGGUAUCCUGCCCGGUGGUGGUACUGCCCUCCUGAAGGCCUCCGCCAACGGUCUGAAGGACGUCAAGGGUGCCAACUUCGACCAGCAGCUCGGUGUCAGCAUCAUCAAGAACGCCAUCACCCGUCCUGCUCGCACCAUUGUUGAGAACGCCGGUCUUGAGGGCAGCGUUAUUGUUGGCAAGCUCACUGAUGAGUUCGCCGGUGACUUCAACAAGGGCUUCGACAGCUCCAAGGGCGAGUACACCGACAUGAUUGCCGCUGGUAUCGUCGACCCUCUCAAGGUUGUCCGCACCGCUCUGGUUGACGCCAGCGGUGUUGCCUCCCUGCUCGGUACUACUGAAGUUGCCAUCGUUGAGGCUCCCGAGGAGAAGGGACCUGCCAUGCCCGCUGGGGGUAUGGGCGGUAUGGGCGGCAUGGGCGGCGGCAUGUUCUAAGCAGCUGACACCCUCCGUUCCCUUUCUGUUUCGUGAUCACGUUCUCCUUUUUUUGGAGGAUAUUGCCCUUCGAGCGUUGUGUUGCAUAGUACGAGCAUUUAUGUUCCGAUUUCCGAUUUCUAUUCACCUCACUGUCUUCUACUCACGUUGUCACCUGCUUCCCUCCCCCUUAAUCCUAUCUCUCUGAAUCUACCUUUCUACCUCCUAC